UAACAAACCUGUACCGCGUAACGUCAUUUCAAGCAGUGAGCAAUAAAGUGCAACAGCUUUUUUUUCGUAUUCAGAGCCGUUUUUGUUCCUACGUUCCAUGUAUUUCUGGUUUUAACUCGAAGCGUUUUAUAAUAAUGGAUAGUUUGGAUGAGCUUACGAACGAUCAGCUUCGGCUGAAGCUACUGGAAUAUGGGUUGGCAAAUAUGCCGGUCACGCAAACUACACGUAAAGUUUUGAUCAAAAAACUUAAAAAUCAUAUGGAAACAGCAAACAGUAAGGUUCGGCGUGAAACAGUUCACAUCGUUAAAUAUUCUUCCGACGAAGACAGUGAAAUGACGGAAGAAACUAAUAAAAAACCUCAAAAGAAAGAAUCCAGCAGACGGGCUACGAUUGGAGGGUCAGCGGCAAAACUGUCCAAGACACUUCCAGUGAUGCCGCAGCUUCCCCCACCAAAAGUGGCUGCAGCUGCAAAACCGGAAAAAUUAGACCCAUCUCAAAAGCGCAGAUCCGGAAGGGUAACGCCAGUCCAAAACAAAGAAGAACUUACUCCAAUAGUUGCUAUUCCGAAAGAACCGAUGAUUGUAGAAAACUCCGAUGAUGAUGAGGAUAUUCCACUUACCCAACUGGACAGACGUGACCGAAGUUCGAAAAGUCCUUCGCUCACCAGAGCGGAAAUGGUUACCACCUCGUACAUUCAUCAGAUGGAUAUCCCACCGAAGCCCACCAUCACAGAAAACAUGGAAAUUGAUCUAACCGAAUCAACAGAUGACGUAGAGGUGCAGUUACCUGAACCAGAACGUCCCAUACGUCCUCCGGUUACUCCUACACGUGAAUCACGGUAUAAUAGCAAUGCCAUAUCUACGAGUACUAACAACAGAGCCACUAUCGGCGGAACAUCCGGAUCCUCUCAAAACCGCCAGUCGGAGUUUUCUUCUUCUUUUGGACGACCAUCUACUACUACUACUUCGUUCAAUUAUAAACCUUUUCAACCGAUGCCACGUGAAGAAGUUAAACUGCAACCGACCGACUCACCGUACUUGAGCGAGUUCACAAAACGUCUUUCUCGGCUGAAAGCAGAAAAUGCUCAGCUAAAUGCUGUUCGAGAUCAUCCAAUACGGCGCACGAUCGCUUCCAGUUACGCAUCUUCGCCACGAACAGACCGCGACUACGCGUACUCUCGGCUUUCAACUGUUUCCGGUAUUGACCGUUUGGGCGAAAUGAAACGAACAGGUGGCAAAGGCGAAAUUAGAGCAUCACUACGUCAGGUCAUUCUUUCUCUGGACCAGAAAUAUCCGAUCAAAAAGAUGUUCUAUCUGUUGAUCGUCUCAUUGUUAGUAAUAUUUCUGUUUGUGUUUUUCUUCUUGUAAGGAACAAGUUAGCCAGUGAUUACCAGCUCGAAAGUAAUAACAAGCCAAAAAAAUCUGGCAUUUCGGGCUGUUGUGUUGAUAUUGCUUUUAUAUUACUGUAACUCGAAUGUAUGGUUAAUAAAAAUCUUUUUAAU